AUGAAGCUUCGGCUGCGUUCCAUGGACGCGCGCGGCGGCGUCGCUGAGACGCACCGCGUGCAGCUGCCGGACACGGCCGUGCUCGCCGAUGUGAAGUCCUUCCUCGCCGCCAAGCUCUCCGCCGCGCAGCCCGUCCCCGCCGAGUCCGUCCGCCUCUCCCUCAACCGCUCGCAGGAGCUCUGUUCACCGGACCCCUCAGCCACCCUCGCCGCCCUCGGCCUCGCAUCCGGUGACCUCCUCUAUUUCACGCUCUCCGCAGAAUUAUUAUCGCAGCCACCGCCUCCUCAAACACUUCCCCGGAACCCUAGCCCGGAUACAGCCUCCAUCGGGCAAAUUGCUUCCGGUUCCCAAUCUCCUGGGGAGGCCGGUGGAUCCUCGUCACCGCCGCAAAAUCUACACAUACAGCCUGUCUCUUCGUCGCUGCCGCAAAAUCUACACAUAGAGCCUAUCUCUUCGCCGAGGCCGCGAGCCCUCCACGUGGAGCCUAUUUUGCCCGUGGCAUCUGAUCCGCCCGAUGUGGUGAUGGCGGAGGCCGUCCACGCACCCAAGAGCUUGUCGAGCCUUGUGAUUGGGAUUCUCAAGCGGGAGAUGGAGGCGGAGGAUGCUGGAUGCGCAAAUGGUACAGUUAUCCAUCGCCUAGCUGUGUCCCUGCAGGCAGCUCUUGUCGAUGCUGGCUUCCUUGCGGAGAAUCCGAUGGGGUCUCGCCCCGGAUUGCUGAAGGACUGGGCCUCGGGUGCAGCGGCAACACUGACCGUAAAGUACACCCUACCGGAGCUUGUCGCCAUGCUACCUGAGGGUGAAGAGGGGAAGACAGUGGUUUUGAACUGCUCAUUGAUGCCAAAUUUUGUGAUGAUAUAUGGGUGUGUGCCUGGGGCAUGCUCAGAAGUGCGCAGAUUGUGCUUGGAGUUACCAAAGCUGGCGCCGCUGCUAUAUCUGGAUAGCAAUGAAGUGGGUGCAACAGAGGAGAAGGAGAUUCUUGAGCUUUGGAGGGUGCUGAAGGAUGAGCUGUGUCUUCCGCUGAUGAUAUCUUUGUGCCAACUCAACGGGUUGCGCUUGCCGCCGUGCUUGAUGGCAUUGCCAGGUGAUCUGAAGGCUAAAGUCUUGGAGUUUGUUCCUGGUGUUGAUCUUGCAAGGGUUCAGUGCGCAUGCAAGGAAUUGCAGGAUCUUGCAGCAGAUGAUAAUCUUUGGAAGAUGAGGCUUGAACUGGAGAUGAGUCCUUCUAGCAAGGGUUCUGGAUGGAGCGGAGAUUGGAAGCAAAGGUUUGUGGCAGCUUGGAAGGUGGACAACAGUAGGAGGCAUCACAAGAGACCACCCAGCCCAAGGUUUUCGGGCUAUGGUUGGGGGAUCGGUACACGUAACCCACUUAACUUCCCAGUAAUUGGUGGUGAUUCGGACCGUCUGCCCUUUAUAAAUCACAAUAUCCUUGGGCGUAGUUUUGGAAAUCAGCGGAGGAACAUCUCGCCCAACUGCAAUUUCGAGGGUCAUCGCCAAGGAUCCUAUGUCUUGUCGUUUUCCGGUUAUUCCUUGCUAUGA